AUGAGGGUCUCUACAGUCUGUGCUGCCGCAGUUUCCCUGGCAGCAUGUGGGCCAGUCAGCGCAAGCUCUCCAGCGCAGCCUCAGCAGCAUGUCAUGAUCAAUCCUGACUUGACGCAGUCCGCUGGCCGCUCAACAGAGAUCGGCGUCGGACACUUUAGUGAAUGGUCUCGUGAGACCAAGCGACAAUUCCUCAUUGAUUGGCAGGCGGGAAAGUCCUCCGAAUGGAUCAUCGUUCAGGGUAAUGAGGGCGGCGACCUGGACUCGAUGACGGCAGCCCUCACGUGGGCGUACCACCUGCAACACUCCACGGCGAAUUCGACCAAUCCUGUAAAGGCAAUCGCACUGCUUCAAACCCCAACCGACGCACUGGACUUGCGCCCUGAGAACAAGCUUGCUCUCGACAAUUCUCUGAUGAGCUCAGGGCAUUCGGACUUGCUCACCUUGGACGAACUCCCUGAAGACCCUCAAACGCUAUCAGACGAUAUUAAGGGAAUCAUUAUUGUAGACCACCCAGUGCCAUUGAGAAAAUGGAGCAAUGCGGAAAUUCUGAGCAUCUUCGAUCACCACAAGGACAGUGGAGCGGGACCCGAUGCCCACCCUCGAAUCUUUGAGAAGGUGGCAAGUUGUACAACUCUGGUCGCUCGGCAGAUGCUCGACGAGCUUGAGAGUCUCCCUGAGGAGUAUCACUUGCCUCAUGAGCUGCUUGAGCUCAUUUUGUCUGCGAUCGCCAUUGAUUCUGGGGGACUCAAAGAUGCUACAGACGAAGACCGAAAAAUAGCCGAGAGAGUCUUGAGGCGGAGUAAUUGGCGGGGUGCAGACCUUGAGGACAAGAUGGGAGAGCUAGAUGACCAGCUCGGUGAUGCCAAGAAGGACCUUGAUCACCUCGGAGUCCGCGAUCUCUUGAGGCGUGAUUGGAAAGGCGACUUGGUGGACACGCCCUCGCCACGCACUCCAACUGUGAGCCUCGGCUUCUCAUCGAUACCGUACUCGUUCGAAGACCAGAUUGAGAAAACGGAGUUCGGCGAGCUGUUCGAUUGGUUUGCUAUUGAAGCCGCCUGGACCGCCCAAGUUGGCGCAGACAUCAGUGUUGCGUUGAACAAAUAUAAGGUCAGGGAUCAAACCGGCAAGAAGCGAAAAAUCAGAGAAAUUGUGCUGUGCGUACGAAAGGAUGUGAGGAUUGAUGAGGAACAAGCAGAUGACCUGUUCCGUACUGUUUCAAAGGCUAUUGAGAAGGAGGAGUCACUAAAUGCCAAGCCCUGGCAUCGAGCCAGUGAGCUGGGGAGGAGGCAGAUGGUCUGGACGCAUGAGCGUUCAGACGCGGGACGGAAGGUUAUUCGCCCCAUCAUUGAAGCUGCAGUAGAGGCUUGGGAUAUGUAG